AUGUAUCGGAACAGACUAAGAAUGCUUCAAACCAUAUUCUUGAUGUGGCUUUUGCAGGUAGGGAUUCUGCACACCAAUGGAAGCAAGAGUUGCAUAGAGAGAGAAAGGGAAGCACUUUUGGAGCUGAAGAAAGGGCUUGUGGAUGAGUAUGGCAUCUUGUCUUCAUGGGGUCUAAAUGGAGACGCUGACUGUUGCAACUGGUGGGGCAUUCAUUGUAGUAACCGAACAGGCCAUAUUGUGAAGCUGGAUCUUCAUGCUCAUGAUUAUGAUAAAACUUUGGGAGGUCAGAUUAGUUCUUCUUUGAUAGAACUACAACAGUUGAAUUAUUUAGAUUUCAGUUGGAAUGAUUUUCAUCCAAACCCAAUUCCAGAGUUUCUUGGUUCUCUUACCAAUUUAAGGUUCCUUAACAUGAGUCAUGCUUCCUUUGGUGGGAAAAUUCCUUGUCAACUCGGAAAACUCUCACACCUACAGAAUCUUUAUCUCCAGUUUAACUACCUUGUAGGUGAAAUCCCUUGGCAAUUGGGAAAUCUUUCUAAUUUGCUGCAACUUAGUCUCUAUCACAACCAUCUAGGGGGCAUAAUUCCUCACCAACUUGGUAAUCUUUCAAGAUUAGAGAUUCUUUUUCUUGAUUCAAAUGACAAUCUCCUGAUUGAUGUUGAUGACAUUCCAUGGAUUUCUCACCUUUCUUCUUUGAUUGACCUUCAACUAGCUGGUGUGUCAAAUCUUAGAAAAUCCAAAAACUGGUUGCACAUGGUUGGUCAGCUGCCAAAUCUACAAGUUCUGUCUCUCGAAAAUUGUAGUCUUUCAAAUAGAGAUCUUCUUUUUGGGCAUCCCUUUGUAUUGAAUUUUUCUUAUUCCCUAACGGAGCUUGAUCUAUCUCACAAUUACUUCACAUCAUCCAUAUUUCUUUGGUUGUUCCGUUUAAACUCUAGUCUUACAUACCUGAAUCUCGGAGAAAACCUCUUAGAGGGAUCUAUUCCAUAUGAUAUUGGGAAAAUAAUGAAUUCUCUUCAAAUCUUGGCACUCGAUAAAAAUCACCUAAAUGGAACACUGCCAAAAACAAUUGCAAAUAUGUUAGAAUUGCGAUCUUUUGAUGUUUUUGGGAACUCCUUGGAUGGUGAGAUUACAAAUUUGGGCCCCCUUGCAAAUCUCACAAAUUUGGAAGAGUUAAGGCUAUCCCAAAACUCCUUUACUCUAAAAUUCAACGACAGUUGGAUUUCUCAUUUUCAACUGCACUAUUUGGCAAUGCAAUCUUGCACGCUGGGUCCUUCUUUUCCAAAAUGGCUUCAAACACAAAAUGGCAUAACCUAUCUUGAUGUUUCAGAUGCUAGCAUAUCAGACACAACAACAAUGGCCUCAUUUCUUUGCUAUUCCAAGGAUAAUCUAAGCUUUUUGAACAUGUCAGGCAAUCACUUCAAAGGACAACUUCCAGAUUGUUGGAAUGGCUUAAAUUCGAUAAGAAUCAUUGAUUUCAGUAAUAAUGAAUUCUCUGGAAACGUUCCAACCUCUAUAGGUUCCUUACUUUUGGUCCGCCACUUAAUUUUACGCAACAAUCACUUCACAGGCCAACUCCCGUCCUUAAAGAAUUGCAUCGACUUGGUGAUGUUGGAUGUGGGGAGAAAUGAAUUCGUAGGACCCAUACCUCCAUGGAUAUCAGGAUCUAACUUUCCUAAGUUGCAAGUUCUUAGCUUGACAAACAAUAACUUUUAUGGAAGGUUGCCAUCCCAUCUUUGUCAUUUGUCAACCAUUCAGGUUUUAGAUCUUUCAGUGAAUAACUUGUCUGGACAUACACCCAAAUGCCUCCAAAAUUUCAUUAUGAUGACUCAUAAAUCCGGCAUCCAUGACGCCAUUGACCUCUUCUUUAUCUUUAAGAAUAAUUCCCCUUUUGAGAGAAUUGAAUAUGACUUUUACCCCACAGUGAGAUGGAAAGGGAAAGAAUUAUCAUUCAAGGACAACAAAAGACUUCUGAGGUUGAUUGACCUAUCUGAAAAUCAACUAUCUGGCAAGAUUCCAGAAGAAAUUGGGAGUCUCCAAGAACUAGUUUCUUUAGAUUUAUCAAAUAACAAUCUGAGUGGUGAAAUCCCUUGGGAGCUGGGAAAGUUGCAGGCCCUUGAUUUUCUUGACUUAUCAACAAAUCGUUUGUCUGGAAAAAUCCCUUCAAGUCUGUCUCAAAUUGAUAGGCUUGCUGUUUUAAACUUAUCCCAUAAUAAUUUAUUUGGAAAAAUCCCAUCAGGAACACAACUCCAAGGCUUCGAUGCGUCUGUAUAUGAGGGAAACCCCUAUCUUUGUGGGAGUCCACUUGAAAGGCUUUGUCCUGAUGAAAAUAGAAAACCAGAAGACUCAUUUACAAUUGAGAAGCAUGAUGAUGAUUCAAUUUUCAGCCAAGGCUUCUACAUAAGUAUGGGUUUGGGAUUUGCUACUGGAUUUUGGGCCAUCUUUGGCCCAUUGCUUAUCUUUCCCACUUGGAGACAUGCUUUCUUCACCUUCCUGCAUAACCUAUAUGACAAGAUCUUUGUGCUCAUAGUAAUCAACAUAUCAAGAUAUCGCAGGUUCUUUGAAAAGUAA